AUGACCCGAUGCCUCCACCAUACCUCUCAAGAUGAGAGCACGCUUCGUCUCCCGCGAAUCCUCUGCCUUCAUGGAGGCGGUACUAAUGCCCGCAUUUUCCGCGCCCAAUGUCGCGCCCUUGAAAAAGCCCUCCGUCCAUGGUUUCGACUGUGCUAUGCCGAGGCACCAUUUCCAUACCAUCCUGGCCCUGAUGUCACGGCUGUAUAUCACACCUUUGGGCCUUUCCGCGCGUGGAUUGAUUCCACAAACUUGGCUCCGCUAACUAUGGCCGAAUCGCUGCAAAAGUCAAUCUUCCAGGCGAUUAUGAAAGAUAACGGUAAUGGCGCAACAGGACCUGUAGUGGGUCUGCUUGGAUUCAGCCAAGGCGCGAAGAUGUGCGCCAGUCUGAUUUUGGAACAACAGCUCCUUGAUCAAGGGAUGAAUAGUCAACUCUCUGGUCCCCUUCCGCGAUUCCGUUUCGCCAUUCUACUGGCGGCGCGGGGCCCCCUAGUGACCCUGUCACCUUUGUCAGUGCAAGCAGAUAUUAUGCAGAAGAUGGGUCGUAUGUGCGUGCAUGAUAACUCUGUUUGUAUUCAUUGCGAAAGUGGUGAAACGAACUUGGUCCUCACACGGGAGCUCAUUCGGAUCCCCACGGUUCAUGUACAUGGCCGACAGGAUCCAUCGUUAGACCGACAUCGAAAAUUUUUGUACGAGAAUUUCGAUCCGCGAUAUGCUAGGGUGAUGGAGUGGGACGGCGCGCAUCGAGUACCGCUCAAGUCAAAAGACGUGGGGGCGUUGGUACAAGAGAUCAAUUCACUGUGGGUAUCCAUCUUGCUCCAACAGCCAAGGAUUGCACCCGAUGCUUGA